AUGGCAAACUAUAGCUUUCACGCUCAUCAUUUUCAUUAUUUCCAAUACGUUUUCAUCUUCUUUCAUGUCCUUCCUUCAUUAAAUGCACUAAUUUUCAACUAUCCUAAUUUCUCAGACUCUAACCUGAGGUUGAAUUUAAGUGGUGAUGCUGAAAUCGUUCGUGGAAAAGUAGCCCUCACCAAAUGUCUAGCCGAUGAAGAUAGUCUUAAUUUUAGUGUUGGUCAUGCUAUAUAUCCUAAAGAAAUGCGUUUGUGGGAUCAUGUCACAGGUAAGGCAGCAGAUUUUGUUACUAAUUUCUCCUUCAAGAUGUGGUCACUCAAUCAGCAAGAUGGAGGCGAUGGUUUUGCGUUCUUCAUUGCACCUAAUGGCUCAAGCAUUUCAGAUGAUGUUCACGAUGGAUGUAUGGGGCUAAUUAGCAACUGUUCCAAUUUCAACACAUCAAAAAUGGUUGCUGUUGAGUUUGAUACUAAUCCGAAUAAGUGGGAUCCUAUUAGUAACGCUCAUGUUGGUAUUAAUAUCAACUCCAUCACAUCAGCAGCCAGUUUGAAUUGGGAUACAAGCAUGAAAAAGGGAAGCAAAGGAAAGGUAAGGAUCACUUAUGAUUCUCAAACAAGCAAUUUAAGUGUGUUUCUGACUUUCCAUGAAAGCCCGAAUUUUAUAAAAGGAAAGAAUUCUAGUAUUUCAUAUCAAGUCAAUCUAUCAGAAGUCCUACCAGAAAAGGUCACCAUUGGAUUCUCAUCUGCAUCUAGUAGUCUCACUGAGGUGUACUAUAUUCUUUCAUGGGAAUUCAAUUCCACAGAUUUGUCAUCAUCAAAUAACCGAGGAGUACAACAUGUUGGACUAAUAGUAGCAGGUAUAGUUGGUGGAUUUUUUGUAGUUGUUGUUGGUAUAAUUUCAAUAUCGGUAUUCUCUAUGAGGAAAAUAACUCAAAGGGAGAAAAAAGAGGAUUUCGAACAAGAUGAUUCCAUUGACCAUGAAUUCGAAAACGAAAGCGGGCCAAGGAGGUUCUCUUAUUUUGAAUUGGUUCAAGCUACAGAUAACUUUGCGGACGAAAGGAAACUAGGUGAAGGAGGGUUUGGGGCAGUAUAUAGAGGCUUCCUGCCUGUUCUGAAUCUAAGCAUUGCGGUUAAAAGAGUAUCUAAAAUAUCAAACCAAGGAAGAAAGGAGUAUAUAUCAGAGGUUAAAAUCAUUAGUAAAUUGAGACAUAAGAAUCUAGUACAACUAAUUGGCUGGUGUCACAAAAAGGGUGAGUUCCUUCUAGUAUACGAGCUCAUGCGCCAUGGCAGCUUGGAUUCUCAUCUUUUCAGAGGUCAAAAUCUGCUUUCAUGGCCACUGAGGUACAAGAUAGCCCUUGGUUUGGCAUCGGCAUUGCUUUAUCUUCACGAAGAAUCAGAACAAUGUGUAGUACAUAGAGAUAUCAAAUCAAGUAAUGUCAUGUUGGAUUCAAAUUUCAAUGCCAAGUUGGGGGAUUUCGGUUUGGCGAGGUUUAUGAAUCAGGAAUCAGGACUUGAGAUAACAGGGUUGGCUGGAACGCUUGGCUACAUGGCACCAGAAUAUAUUAGCACAGGACAAGUUGGUAAAAGAUCAGAUGUCUUUAGUUUUGGUGUCGUUGCAUUAGAAAUUGCAAGUGGGAGGAGAUCCAUAGAGACAAAAAGGAAAGAGGGUCAUAUUUCGCUGACGGCUCAGGUAUGGAACUUAUAUGAAAAUGGAAGACUUCUUGAAGUUGCUGAUGAGAAAUUAUGCAUGGAAUUUGACAUGGAACAGAUGAUGCGCUUGUUGAUUGUUGGAUUGUGGUGUGCUCACCCGACUCACAAUCUUAGACCAUCGAUAAGGCAAGCCUUACAAGUUCUUAAUUUUGAGGCACCAUUUCCAAAUCUUUGCAAAGGGAUGUCAGCUCUCUCCUCUGAUAUACCUAUCUCUCCAUCUAGUUCAUUCAAGCCAGUGAUCUCCAAUUCUGUUGUUUUUAUUGGUCGAUAG